AUGGCCUUCCUGUGGCUGGUGCCACUACUGGCGCUGCCCACCUUUCUCCUGGGGGUCUUCCUCUGGGUCGUCUUUGAGCACUUCCGCACCACAGAUGUUCCCUCCACCCUGCAACAUCCCGCGAAGUUGAGAUUUCUGCACUGUGUAUUCCUGUACGUGACCACUUUGGGGAUUAUAUUUGAGAAGCUGGGAAUUUGCUCCAUGGCCAAGUUUGUCUGUUUUUUGCAUGACAGAAUGGGACGAAAGAAGGACCUUAAGCUCGUCGUGACCAACCUGCGUUUUGGGACCAUACCCGUGAGGCUGUUCCAGCCCAAGGCAGCGUCCUCCAGCCCCCGGCGGGGCAUCAUCUUCUACCACGGAGGGGGCGGGAUAUUCGGGAGCCUGGAUUGUUACCACAACCUGUGCAGUUUCCUGGCCCAGGAGACUGACUCCGUGCUGCUGUUGGUUGGGUACCGCAAGCUCCCUGACCACCUCGCCCCUGCCAUGUCCCAAGACUGCCUCAGCGCCUCCAUCCACUUUCUGAGGGGCCUGGAGACCUACGGGGUGGACCCCUGCCGGGUCGUGGUCUGCGGAGAAAGCAUCGGAGGAGGGAUCGGGGCCUUCAUCACCCAGGCCUUGGUGGGCAGAUCAGAUCUUCCCAGCAUCCGGGCUCAGGUCCUGAUUUAUCCGGUUGUCCAGCUCAUCAAUUUGCAGUUGCCGUCCUUUCAGCAGAACAAGUACAUCCCGUUCCUCACCCGGACGUUCAUGGUGACUAAUAUGUGUAGGUAUCUGUCCAUCGACCUCUCCUGGCGGGAUGCCAUCCUGAGUGGGGCGUUUAUACCCCCGGAUGUCUGGAAGAAAUACAGGAAGUGGCUCAGCUCUGACAACAUCCCCGAGAGAUUCAAGGGCAGAGGCCACCAGCCCAGGUUCCCUGGCCCUUUCAAUGAGGCUGCCUAUCUAGAAGCCAAAUGUAUAUUGGAUGUAGAAAACUCACCCCUCGUCACAGAUGACGAGACCAUCGCUCAGCUUCCCGAGGCCUUCCUGGUGAGCUGCGAGAACGACAUCCUCCGGGAUGACACCUUGCUCUAUAAGAAGCGCUUGGAGGACCAGGGGGUCUGUGUGACAUGGUACCAUGUGGAGGAUGGCUUCCAUGGAUCCUUUAUCUUAUUUGAUAAGAAGCCUUUCUCUUUCCCAUGCUCCCAGAAAAUUGUGAAUGCUGUAGUCAGUUAUAUAAAGGGCAUAUGA